UCCAUGGAAACUGGUGGGCAUCAACAACUCAGGCAAAGUAUGGAGUUGACAGGUAGCAGUUACAGUGGAGCUUACAAGAAUGGCAGGAUGGAGGGAGAAGGAGAGUAUACUUUCCCCACUGAAACAAGAUAUGUUGGACAGAUGAAAGAUGGAAUGUUCCAUGGCAAAGGUGUGCUCUAUUUUCCAAAUGGAAGUAAAUAUGAGGGAACAUGGGACAAUGGACUGUCCAAGGAGGGAAAAUAUACUUUCUCGGACGGAUUGGAGUAUGAGGAGGAUGACUGGGACUACUGUGAUGGCUAUGACAGACGCUUCUAUACUGAGAGGUGCAAUGGACUGAAACCUGCAGGAGAGUCCCAACUGACCAACCUGGUGCCCCCACAAGUGAUCCCUGAUGGCUGCUAUGACUGUGGAGAUGGUUUCUAUGAUCCCAAAAACAGAGUUGUGACAGACUAUCACCAUUAUUUCCUCAGGAAUGCAGAUGACGAAGAACAUGAGUGGAUUGUGCGCACUUGUCGGAAGAGCUGGGAUGAGAACGUUGGAGCGAAGAACUACACGUCUGAUCUCUAAUAAACAAGGGCUCUGACACUGAUAAACGGACAACAAAUAUUUUAUCUAAUAAACUAAAUUAUUUGUCUUUUUUUAGAUAGACCCUGAAUCGGAUUGGAGAAUUUGGGAGAUUUUUCAAUUUUAUACGUUUAUACGCGAGAUAAGUGGACGAUUUCGAUUUUUGGAAGUAUAAAUAUUGACACAUAUUUAGAAAAGAUAGACAAACAAUAAAUUAACCAUGGGACAACUUGAAGACAUUUUGCUCAAUGUCAUAUUGCAGACAAACAUGUAACUGUGUUUUUACAACCCCUUUGACUUAUUGACUGAUUGGUUUAUUUUGCACUCCGGUCUAUAUUUUUAGGUCAUUGGUCAGUGCAGUCAAUUGCAGACAGAAUCUUAUUGUUUUUUUUAAUGUCUUGAUUGAAGACAAUGUUGUAUGAAUCAAAUGGUUUCUGUCAGAGCUUUUAGCCAUGCCCAUGUCCAUCAAUAGGAAAAAAAAAAAAAUGAGGGAAUAUUUUUAUGCUGAAAAUGACUGCAUAGGCACUAUACUACCUUGCUGUAUUUGUUCAUUUUCUCAGUGCGAUGUGUUGCGUGUAUCUGUGUUAGUGUGCAUAUGUGUAUUUGUGCAGCACAUUAUAUGUGUGUGUGUGUGUGUGUGUGUACAAUGCCGUGUACAUAUGGAGAGGAGAAAUUCCGUUGCAGUGAGUAUUCUUUGAAACAGAAUCCGGGAUGGGAGAUCAGGUCAGUGAUGCGGCCUGACAGUGACUUCCUGUAUGUGAUGGCAGUGGAAUCAGUGCCGGGGCCAUUACUACACACACUGACCCGUAAAGCGCCUGCCAGCUCAGCCAUUGGCCUGUGAUUGCUUCCUGUCCUCCAUCAAGCAUACAUACACACACUCACACACACACACACACA